AUGGCGACUCUCAGUGCUGGACGUAAGCACAAGGUGACGAUUGUUGGCUCCGGCAACUGGGGCACCACCAUGGCCAAGCUGGUCGCCGAGAACGUCAGGGAGCAUCCGUCGCUGUUCGAAGAGACCGUGCAGAUGUGGGUGUUCGAGGAGGACUACACCUUCCCAAAAGAGUCGCCUCACUACAGCGGCUCCGACAAGCCCGAGAAGCUCUCGCAAAUCAUCAACAAAGUCCACGAGAACGUCAAAUACCUCCCCAACAUCAAGCUUCCGUCCAACGUCGUCGCCAACCCCGAUCUCCCCGACUCUUGCAAGGACUCGACCAUGCUCAUCUUUGUCCUCCCACAUCAGUUCAUUGCACGUUCAAGCCAGCAGCUGGUCGGCAAGAUUCUGCCAUAUGCGCGAGCUAUCUGCUGUACAAAGGGUGUUGAUGUCAGCGAGAAGGGCAUUCGACUCAUGUCCGAGACCAUUGGCAUGACGCUCAACAUCUAUUGCGGUGCCCUAUCGGGAGCCAACAUCGCUUCCGAGAUUGCCCAAGAGAAGUACUCCGAGACGACAGUAGCGUACGACCCGCCACCAAUGGACUCGCGCAACCCUACCCCCAGCGGCUCGCCGAGUGCCUCGCAGACUGAUCUUACUGCUCAUGUUGAUCUUAUCGACCCCAGUAAGAAGAAACCCAGUAAGCGUUCGGCGCAUCUGACUGCUCUCCCCAACGAGUACCCCCCUCUAUCGCACGAGAAUGUUCGAAAGCUCUUCCAUCGCCCUUACUUCCACGUACACAUCGUUAACGAUGUCGCUGGUGUCUCGCUGGGUGGAGCGCUGAAGAACAUCAUUGCGCUGGCUGCAGGCUUCGUGGACGGCUUGGGCUGGGGAGACAACGCAAAAGCAGCGGUCAUGCGUGUCGGUAUCUUGGAGAUGGUCAAGUUUGGCAAGGCUUUCUUCGGAGAGAGUGCUCGUACAAGCACCUUCACUGAAGAAAGUUGUGGUGUUGCCGAUGUUGUGACCUCGUGCAUGGGUGGUCGCAACUUCCGCUGCGCAAAGAUGGCCAUCGCCCGCGGCAAGACCAUUUAUGAGAUCGAGCAGUCUGAGCUCAACGGUCAAAAGCUCCAGGGCACCAGUACUGCCUAUGAGGUCAACGAGUUCUUGAAGGCCGAGGGUAUGGAGGACGAGUUCCCACUCUUCACCGCUGUCUACAAUAUCUUGGAGGGUAACAACAAACCCGAGGAUAUUCCUCAGCUCAUUGAGAAGAAGCCAUGA